CUUGCACACUCGGCUGCUCCCCACCAACGUUUAUUGGAGGCCAAUACAAUCCGGCAAUGUCCUACGAUGGGGUUCGCCACUCUACUCUCUAACCGUCGCAAUCAAUGCGGUCUCGUGGACUGGGUAUGUAGGUAAUACCAUGCUCGAGUGAAUGCACGACACCUAUAAAGCUCUGCAGUCCGGUGCCUGGACUAGGUGUACACAGCGGUAUCGAUUCGACGAUGAAGCUUUCCACACCCCUCUGCACGCUCCUUUUCUUGGCCUCGGCUGCCCUCGCGACCGUUAUCCCACGGGACCCGAACGAGCCGGUCUCGUACGACGGCGUUCGGGUGGUGCGUGUGCAGGUCGACGACACGGAGGCGCAGGCCAAGAAGGUCGAGAAGUUGAUUGACAGCCUGGGACUGGAGUCGUGGACGCACGGGUUCAAGGUCAAGCAGCAGGUCGAUGUUCAGGUCGAGCCAGAGAAGUUCGAUGCAUUUCAGAAGGGCCUCGGCGGGAUCCUGUACACGAUGAUGCAUGAGGACCUCGGCGCAGCGAUUAGGAAUGAGAGUGAGAGCUCGAUGCGGGUGGGGAGUUUCGAUGUCGGCACUCAGGCGGACCUGUCCUGGUUCGACAGCUACCACUCCUACGCCGACCACCUCUCGUACUACUCCCAGCUGGUGGCGCAGUACCCCAAGAAUGCAAAGCUCGUGACUGCGGGUACAUCAUACGAAGGACGUCCGAUCACUGGCCUUCACAUCUUCGGCUCAAGCGGCGGAGGAUCGAAGCCGGCGGUAAUCUUGCACGGAACUGUGCAUGCCCGUGAAUGGAUCACCACCAUGGUGACCGAGUUCAUUGCGUACUCCCUGCUGAGCAACUACGACAACUCCACCCAGAUCAAGAGCUUUGUCGAUAAAUACGACUACUACAUCUUCCCGGUAGUCAACCCCGAUGGCUUCGUUUUCACGCAAACAUCGACGCGCCUCUGGCGCAAGAACCGAAUGCCCAGCUCUGGCAGCGCCUGCAUCGGCACGGACAUAAACCGCAACUGGGACUCGCACUGGGCCGUGUCCGGCGGCGCCUCGACCAACCCGUGCGCCGAAAAUUACCGCGGAGCUUCCGCGGGCUCCAGCCCCGAAUUCAAGGCCCUCGCCGCUUUCCAGAACCGCAUGAUGGCGCGCCAGGGCGUAAAGUUCUACAUGGAUAUUCACGCCUACAGCCAGCUGUGGAUGUCGCCCUACGGCUACACCUGCGACGUCCUGCCGACGGUGAACACAGAGCUGCAGAGCCUAGCCAAAGGCGCGGUGGGCGCUCUCAAGGCCGUGUACGGAACGACGUACAAAUACGGGCCCAUCUGCAAUACCAUCUAUCCCGCCACAGGGUCGUCAGUCGAUUACUCGUACGAUGUUAGUGGCAUCAAGUAUUCGUACACCGCUGAGAUGAGGGAUACCGGCAGCUAUGGGUUCUUGUUGCCCGCAGAUCAGAUUUAUCCGUCCGGGAAUGAAUUCUGGGCUGCGAUUAAGUAUAUGUUGCAGAACAUGGUUUAGACGGAUGCUAGGGCCUAGGAGUAGAAAGAGACG